AUGGUCAAGUGGAUCAAAAUUAUAUUUUCCACCCAACUGCAUGGGUCAAGGCACAGAAAGAGGGGAGUUAUUAGCAAUCUCUCUGGUGCCACAGAUCAGUUGAUAUUUGACCAAAGUAUCCAUAGAGAUGACUCUGAGCAUUUUGUAUGCAAGAAUAACUCUAGUGGGGUGGUCAACUUAAGUAUUGGUCUUCUCAACGGAAAGGGUGCUGACCAAAAGUUUGAGCCUAUACUUGUAUGGACCAACAUUGCCACCAGAUCCAAUGUAACCACUAAAUUCACCCCCAAUUUGACUGUCCAGGUUACUUGCAACUAUCAGGCCACCAAAAUACUUUGUGGCAAGAUGGAGACCAAUGCAAUUUGGUCCUAUGAUCUCAACAAGCUGAGCAAAAUGGACGGUGUGACUCUCUGGAAUUUUGUGGAGGACAACGGACACUCCAAAGCCGCGCUUCAUUAUCAACAAAGACUGGCCUUUGGAUACGCUCAAACUGAUUGGGAUAAUCUUGUAGACUCUGCCGCCUGGGUCGAGGUUGCGAGCGGAGAGGUCAGCAGGAUCUCUGGAAAAGCUGGACAGAAGCGAUUCGGUCAUAAUGCAAAAGGACAUGCUACCAAGAAGCUUGUUUGCAAGAACAAUACCGAUAGUCGUGCCAACUUGAGUAUUGGAUUUGUCAGGGGAGACGGGAUUAACCAACGCUACGAGCCAACGAUGCUUUGGACGGGUGUCGGUGCCAAGUCUAAUGUUGCCGUCCAGUUCACUCCGGUCCUGUCUGCAUAUAUUACUAGAGACUACAAGGCUACCGAAAUGCUUCGCGGCGAAGUUGAAACCGACGCUAUCUGGACCUUUAAUCUUGAUCAGCUUGAUGGUGUCACGGGCUGGAACCUAGUAGAGGACGAUAUCACUGGCGCAUUUGGAAUUGAGCCUGCCCAAUUCGUGUGA